AUGAAAAAAAAAUCUGAAUCAGAACAAUCAGAAAAGUAGUUCAAUAAGAUCACAUACUACUUCAAAGUGUACUAAUCUUUUCUUAAGGCUAUUUUCUUUUUUAGUUGCUAGCAACAAAUAAUUGGAUUAUGUAUUUUACUACUCGCUUUUAAUGAGCCCAUGCUUAUUAAAUUUAAACAAUUGCUAUUGAAAUUUAGAAAAUUAGAAGUUAAAGAUAUCUAAAAUCUAAAAAAAAUUAAUAAGGAUGUUAUUUUUUAGUAAAUACAAAUAAAGAAAUACUCGAAAGUGAACUUAAAAAUCCCAUUCACCACAGAAAACUAGUACGAAACUGUGAUUUCUUUGCUAUUUUCUUUUGGUGUAAGCGAAGUAAGAGACAACUAUGGUAACUCAAGAGUCUCUCAAAGUUCUUUUCUGAUUUCUCAUAGCGGUUAAACAGUGACUAUUAAGUGCUUAUGCAAUAAAAAUUUCAUUAAGUACUUUUACCAAAAGCUCAUUUCUAUGCAGUCAAUUUUUAUUGAGAGAAAUUAUUAAAACUGGUAGGAAACAAUGAAAAAGCUUAUAAAUUAAUUGAAUUUGAGCUUAUCACAUUAAAUCCAUUCAAUUUAUGUAUCAUCUUUGGCAGAUACUAAGAGCUACAUAGAUCAUUGUAAGUUCUUUUUGUUAUUUACUAACCAGAUUCAGCUAUUAAACUUACCUGAAUAAAUCCAGAAUGUCCACAAUAGUUAUAUUCUUAAAAUUAAUUAAGUGAUUUUAACGAAUAUUGCAUUUGACAACCUAAUAGCAGAAUUCUAAAUAACCAAUCCACAUAUAAUAUUUUAUUCUCUCUUUGAAUGA